UACUGUACGAAGCUCACGCGAAACACUCCAGAACCAACCCAACACACUUCAUCUCCCUUCCUAUAUAUAUAUAUAUAUGUAGAGGCCCUGGCCUUCUCCUCCUCUUCCUACAAGACACACAACAAUCUCGCCUCUCCUCUCCUCUCCUCUCCUCUCCUCUCCUCUUCUAAAAUGGCUGCUUCUCACUUGUUACUAGUACUAAGCAUGCUUCUGAUGAGCUUAGCCCGUGCGUCCACGGGGUCUCGAAAACUCGCAGCUUUGUACCAGCCACAACCGAACCUCCUCACGUACCACGACGGCGCGGUGCUCGAAGGCGACAUCCCCGUCUCCGUCCUCUGGUACGGUCGCUUCACCCCGGCCCAAAAAUCCAUCGUCUCCGAUUUCCUCCUCUCCCUGAUGGCCCCCGCUCCCCAGACGCAAACCGCUGCCCCUUCCGUGUCCCAGUGGUGGGGCAGCAUCGACCGGCUCUACCUGUCCAAGGCCGCGGCGGGGGAGGGGGAGGGGAAGGCCCGGAUCCUGCUGGGCGAUCAGGUGUCGGACGAGGGGUGCUCUCUGGGGAAGUCGCUGACGACGCCGCAGGUGGCGGAGCUGGCGGGAAAAGCACGGGGGGCGGCGAAGAAGGGCGGCGGGAUCGCGGUGGUGCUCACGGCCGACGACGUGGCGGUCGAGGGCUUCUGCGUCAGCCGCUGCGGGGCCCACGCCUCGGACCGGGACUCCGGCGCCGCCUACGUGUGGGUCGGGAACGCGGCGGCCCAGUGCCCCGGCCAGUGCGCCUGGCCCUUCCACCGCCCCAUCUACGGCCCACAGACCCCGCCGUUGGUGGCCCCCAACGGCGACGUCGGGGUCGACGGCAUGGUGAUCAACCUCGCCAGCAUGAUCGCCGGCGCCGUCACGAACCCGUUCGGGGACGGGUUCUUCCAGGGGCCCAAGGAGGCGCCGUUAGAGGCGGCGACGGCGUGCGCGGGGGUGUACGGGAAGGGGGCGUAUCCGGGGUACGCCGGGGACCUGCUCGUGGACCCCGCCACGGGGGCGAGCUACAACGCCAAUGGGGCCCACGGCAGGAAGUACUUGGUCCCGGCCCUGUUUGACCCGUCGACGUCCUCCUGCUCCACCUUGGUGUGAGACUGGGGGAGGGGGCGCACAAUUUUUGAUUACUUUGGGACGCAUGGUUGUGAUGUGUGAAUAUGGCUUUAUAGUACGUUGUUGUGAUUUUUUUUGAUUCAUUUUGAAGUAUGUAUGUCCUCUCUUGUUAACU